CCACACCUUCCCUCAACCCUAAAGUCACCCCCCAACAAAGCAUAACGGCCUCUCUUCUUCUCUGUUUUUCCUUCUCUGCCAUUUCCGUUCUCUCUCCCAAAGCUUAUUUUUAACACUACUCAUUUUUUUCACUCUCUCUAAACGACUCGCUGUUUUCGCAAACUUUUACACACACUUUUUGUUUAAUGUGUGCGUCUACGACAACCAGCAAUGACUGAACCUGAACGCGAACGCGAACGCGGACCACCGAGAUUCACCGUGGGCUACGCUUUGGCGCCGAAGAAGCAAAACAGCUUCAUCAGAGACUCGCUCGUUAAUCUCGCGAGAUCUCGCGGGAUCGAUCUCGUGAAGAUCGACACGACCCGACCUCUCGCGGAUCAAGGCCCGUUUCACUGCGUGCUCCACAAGCUUUACGGCCAAGAAUGGAAGGAGCAACUCGGCGAGUUCCGACUCAGAAACCCUAAUGCCGUCAUCAUCGACUCGCCCGACGCGAUCGAGCGGCUCCACAACCGAAUCUCCAUGCUACAGGUCGUUUCGGAGCUCGAAAUCGAGUCUCGGAGCUUAACGUUUGGGAUCCCGAAGCAAAUCGUUAUAUACGACAAGGAAACUCUCUUCGAUCAACAAUCUUGGGUGGCUUUGAAGUUUCCGGUUAUCUCGAAACCCUUGGUCGCCGACGGGAGCGCCAAAUCGCACAAAAUGGCUUUGGUUUACAACCACGACGGCCUCAACAAGCUCAAGCCCCCAAUCGUGCUCCAAGAAUUCGUUAACCACGGCGGAGUCAUCUUCAAGGUCUACGUCGUCGGCAGCCACGUACAGUGCGUGAAACGCAAGUCGUUGCCGGACGUGUCGGCCUCCUCUUCCUCGACUUCCGGCGACGCGGCGGUGCUUCCGUUUUCGCAGGUGUCGAACAUCGCCACCGACGAGAAAGCGGAGGAGAAGUACUACGAGAUGAUGGAUUUGGACGACACGAAGAUGCCGCCGCAGGAAUUCAUCGAAGGCAUAGCGAAUGGGUUGCGGGGAGCGUUGAAGUUGAACCUGUUCAACUUUGAUGUGAUUCGAGACGCCAGGUUUGCGGAACGUUACUUUAUAAUUGACAUCAAUUACUUUCCGGGUUAUGCGAAAAUGCCGUGUUAUGAGACUGUGUUGACGGAUUUCUUCUGGGAUUUGUUGAAUAAUUCUAGUAAGUUGAAUAGUUUUGAUAAAGAAGAGAGCAAUACUUGUUGUGGGGAUGGGGAUCUCAAGAGAGAGAGAGAGGAUAAGGAAAAUUCUAUUCAUGUUUGACUUCAUUGUUAGUGAAUUUAAAUACCCAGUCACUUUGCUAAAAAGUCUAGUGACUUUGGGGGAGCAUUGAGGAUUAGGUAGGAAAAUGGGUUUUUUUCUUUUUUGGGUACAAUGGAGAUAAGGAAAAAAGACUAGGUUUUGAAGAUGGGAUGGUUUUUUUUUUUUUUUAGCCUCUUGACAACAUUUAACAUUGGUGUUUCGGUGUUGGUGACGAUGCUGAUGAUGAUGAUGUAUAUUCCAUUCCGUUCGCAGUUUUAGGUACUUUCUCAAAUACUUUUUGAAGUUUUUAGGGAGGUUAAGAAGUUGUGCUUUGAGGCUCUUUUUUAGUCUUUCCUUGCUUGAUAAAUGAUAACUGAUCUUAGUUUUGUGAUUGUAGCACCUUUAAUCAAUGGAAAUUUUCGAUUUUGUCAAA